AAACAAAAAGUUACAAAAAAAAUAAAAUAAAAUUCUAGAGAGAGAAAGAAAGAGAGAAGUUGAUCACCGCUCUAUGACUGCUGACGGCCCAAACCCUAAUUCAGUAUCUGUGAUCAUCAUUGAAAAUCUAAAUCUUUAUAGUUUUCUCUUUUAUCAGUAGUUUUAUACGUAUUGGUGUUGAUUAAAUAGUAUCUAUAAAUAUAUAUUUUUUAAAUUUAUAUUUGAUUUCACAGAGUGAUUGUUUUUGAGAUAGUGUGUAAUUUUUUUUCUUUGCGGUGCACUAAUUUGGAAUGGUCAUGAUGGCCGAUUCUCUAAACAAUGACCACUCGCCACGUUCACCUGUAACGGAUGCUGCCAUCGCUGCCGCCUCUACCGCAGGUGGCGGCGUUAACAGUCCCCAGUCACGGCGGAGGGGACUGGUCUCGCCUUGGGCCUCAGUCGUUCGUGGAGAUUCCGACUCUGUCUCUUCACCCACCGCCGCGGCGUCUCGCUCCUCAACAUCUCCGCCGCCGAUUGCUGUGGCUGCGCCGGAGCAGCUUUCUGCUUCUGAAAAAUCUCCGAUGGAGAGUUCGGGCCUGGAUGCCCAGCCUGAGAGCUCCGAUGUUAACAGUGAUGGCAAUGCAGGCCGUCCGAGGAGGCAUGCUUGGAAUACACCUGUAAACGGCGUCGUUGAGCCUGUUUCUGUUAUGGGUGAUGCUGUUUCUUGGCCCGCUCUCUCUGAAACAACCCGGGCCGUCCCUAGAUCAUCAUCGGAACCCUCCAGACCUGUUCCCGAUGGAUCAUCCUCUUCUUCUCAGGGGCCUAUAAUAUCUCAACCACCUCAGAGACAAGCUAAUACCAAUGCUCAUGUUAAUUCUACUGCAAACAAUAUCCCUACUAGACAAAGGUUGAGGCAUCGAGGUGGAGGUGCGGGUGGAGGCAGCUCUGCAGGAAGUGGGCCUUCUUCUACUGCCUUUAGUCGGCAGCCUCCCCCUCCACCACCUCCAUUUCCUGUGUUUGACAUGCAGCCUUAUGCUAAUAUGGUACCACCUAUGCUGGACACUCCUGUGAGAGGAACGAGACCAGGAGGAGGAGUUGGGGGUUCCCAGCCACACACCAGCAAUGAUCAUUCUUCUCCAAGGAAUAAUUCAAGAAGGGGUAACUAUGGGACUCGCCCUCGUGGAGAUGGGCCGUAUCAUAAUAAUCAUGGAGGCAGGAGGGAUCAAGAUCGCAGAGAUGUUCAUCUUUCCCAUCAAUAUGUUCCUCCCAUGGGAUAUAUGCCAUCCCCAUUAGCCCCUGGCCCCACACCGUUCAUGGCGCCACCCGUAAGAGUUUUUCCUGGCCAAAUGGGGUUUGAUAUGUCGGCUCCCUUUAUCUAUGUUCCCACAUUGCCCCCAGAGUCUUUCAGGCCUAUGCCAAUAGUGCCUCCGCCACCACCAAUGCUUUUUGCUACUAAUGAUCAUUUGCCCAGUUUGGUUGUGAAACAAAUAGAUUAUUACUUCAGUGAUGAAAAUUUGGUGAAAGAUAAUUUUUUGAGGUCCAACAUGGAUGAUCAAGGAUGGGUGCCUAUCACUUUGAUAGCCAGCUUCCCUCGAGUUCAGCAAUUGACAUACGAUGUCUCAUUGAUUUUGGAUUCUUUGAGAAAUUCGACCAUUGUCGAAGUACAGGGUGACAAGUUGAGGAAGCGUAACGAGUGGAAGAAAUGGCUACGCAAUGCUGGUUGGUCUAACACUGAUUCUGGCCCACAGACCCCUGGUUCUUCAUCUGAAAAUGUUCUAGCAACCUCCUUCCAGAACGUCUCACUGGACGAUGCUACAAUUGAUGCAAAUGGCACUAUGGAUGGUCAGACUGAGAUGUCUCCCUUCAGGUAUACAUCUGAUGAAACGACUGCAUCAUCAAUGUUGGGCAAUGGAGAAGAUACUUCGGAAGAUGCUCGUUCAAUGAAUAUGUGAAAAGUUAAUCUGCGAAGAAAGUUUUGCACAUUCAAUCAAGGAGGCAGCUGGAGGGGGAGAGAAAAUAAACAUUUGUAACUUAUCAGACUCAGAAAGACGGGAAAGGAAGUUGAGAUGAAAACGGAGCUGACAUUAUAUCGGCACAUAAAUGGCUACUUGAAUUUUUUUAAUUAUGAUGUGGAUGAACGGUGGUUUUCUGUACAAUGAUUCGGUAUUUAAUUCUGGAGAAACCUUUUGAGGUGAAAUCUCAUCGUUAGACAUGGCUUUUAUGACAGAAAAACCAUUCUGAAAGAUAGAGCAUAAGUGCUUGGCCAGCAUCAUAAGAGUGCGAGCUCUGCUUUUAUUUUGUGUUGAUACUUUCCAAGGUCUCUUGAUUAUCAUUAUAAUAUGCUCUCCCAUUUUUGAAUAUUUUGACAUUUA